CCAUCCCGUCAUUCCCAGCGGAGAGCAGUAGAGCAGCACUGACGCGGAGGCUGUAGAGCGGCAGGAGGGAAGAGCAAGGCCGAGGCCGAUGAUGUCGGAGAAGAAGCAGCCCGUAGAUUUGGGGCUUCUGGAGGAGGAUGACGAGUUCGAGGAGUUUCCUGCCGAAGACUGGGCUGGUUUAGAUGAAGAUGAAGAUGCACACGUGUGGGAAGACAACUGGGAUGAUGAUAAUGUUGAGGAUGAUUUCUCCAAUCAAUUAAGGUCACUUGAAAACAUUCAGUACAUGCAAACAAGUAAAACAAAAAUGGUGCAGGCUAGAAUCCCUAAAAGCUGAAUUAGAAAAACAUGGCUACAAAAUGGAAACUUCAUAGCUUCCACUGAUAAUGUCGUCUGAGAUUGGACUGUAAACUGAACUGAGAUGUAUGGAAUGCAAGAUGGAAGAUCAGGCACUGGACUGUCUAUUGUUAUCUAAUUUUUUUGUAUAAAUAAAAAAUUGAAUCCAAGCAUUGUAUUGUUUGGAUGCCAUUUAUGUUCCCCUUUGAA